UUUAAAGGUUUAUCGAGAAUAAAAAAUAAAUAUAUAAAAAAUAGAAGCUUUCGGUGUUUAGAGACGUAAAAUAUUAAGCUUUAUUUGUGUAACAGAUAUUAUAAAAAGUGUUAAAAGUUGUCGGUAGGCAAACAAAAAAUAAGCAUUUAGAAGCUUUUGGUGUUUAGUGUAAUUAUGAUAAAAAGUGUUGUUCUGUAGUGACAAUAAUGCUAAAAUAAUAAUAACUUAUGAACGCAAGUUGUUUGGAAAAUGAAAAUGAAUAAACAAUGCAAUAUAAAAACCUCAAAACAAUCUCGAAGAUUCCAUCAAUAAAAUGGAGGGAAACUUUUGGGCCGAGCACCGUACCCUGCGCGACGCCUGAAAACUUCGUAAACUAAUUUAUUGUAACUUGUCCGAUACGAAGAUGGCGUCGUCGAAUGGCAAGGAGAAUUCUAAAAUGACAGCUUCGAUAGACAGUUUAAAACUUUCGAGCAAGAAUGCGUCGGUUUGUUCAUCGAAGCACGCUUCCUCGGAAUCCGUGUUGUCGAGGAAAGACAAGGAAUGCCUGCAAAUGCAGGAAUGUAAGAAGAAACUGCUGGCGAUGGAGCCGCAGAUCAUAAUACGGGAUGAAAAUGUGGUGCUGCGGUCGCCGCCGCAGAAGAAGAUUGUGAUGCCGCCUACGAUCAACCCUGAGGAACUCGCAGCAGCGACACCGACGCAGCGCAACUGGCGAGGCAUUCUCAUCGCCCUGCUGGUGAUAGCCGCUGUGCUGGGACUCAUAGUGUUCAGCAUCGCGCUGCUAACACCCGCUGGGGACGGCGGCCGGGUGCGCGGGCGCAGGCCGACGCUACAAGACGUCCUUGCCGACCAUUACAAGCCUUUCAACGGGACUUGGCUCACAGUGUUCAGCAUCGCGCUGCUAACACCCGCUGGGGACGGCGGCCGGGUGCGCGGGCGCAGGCCGACGCUACAAGACGUCCUCGCCGACCAUUACAAGCCUUUCAACGGGACUUGGCUCACAGAUGAGGAGCUGGUGUUCCGCGACCGCUGGGGUGGGCUGACGCUGUUCAACGUACGAAACUACACCACCAGGCUGCUCAUGAACAACUCUACUUUUAGGGAGCUGAACGCAGUAGACUUCAAGGUGUCUGCGGACCUGAAGUUCGUGCUGCUGAUCUCCGACGUGCGGCCGGGCUGGAGGCACGCGCGGCUGGCCAGAUACCACGUCUAUGACGUCAUCAACAGGAAUAAGAUCCCCAUAUCGCCGGUGGAAGACGACCGGUCGGCGCCGCUGCUGCAGUACGCCGAGUGGUCGCCAACGGGUUCCAGCCUGGUGUUCGUCCACGACAACGACAUCUACUACAAGCCGCGUGUCUUGAAGACCCUGGUCUGCCGGAUCACUAAUACUGGUGUCCCAGGCGUAAUCUUCAACGGCGUGCCCGACUUUCUCUACGAGACAGAAGUCCUGCGGCUGGACCGCGCGCUCUGGUUCAGUCCCGAUGGACAGACGCUGCUGUACGCGUCCUACAACGACUCGCUGGUGCAGCAGUACAAAUACCCCUGGUACGGGUUCGACCAGCCCGAGCCACCGGCGUACCCGUCGAUACGGACGCUGAGGUACCCUAAGGUGAACACAAACAACCCAGUGGUGACGGUGUACGUCGUCAGCCUGAAGACGCCAAAGUUCCUCUUCCCGCACGCCAUACAGUUCACGUCACAAGUUGAUAAAAACGCGGCCGGCACGUGGCGGCAUGCUGUGCGCGUCACGCAUGACAGUAGGAUGACGCUGACCCAGGGCAACUUUGAAGUCACGCAGCUGGUGGGCUGGGACGAGAGGAGGAAACUGCUGGCAACUUUGAAGUCACACAGCUGGUGGGAUGGGACGAGAGGAGGAAACUGCUGUGAGUUGAACUUGAUUAAAGGGAACUUAUUGGAAGGCACGUGGCGGCAUGCUGUGCGCGUCACGCAUGACAGUAGGAUGACGCUGACCCAGGGCAACUUUGAAGUCACGCAGCUGGUGGGAUGGGACGAGAGGAGGAAACUGCUCUACGUCAUAGGCACGGCACCAGACAAGGCGGGCGAGCGACAUCUUUACCGCGUGAAGGUGCCACCGGACGCCUCUACCUGGCCGGAGCCCGCCGCCUGCCUCACGUGUCCCGGCGCCGCGCCAGCCGGAGCCACUACAGAAGCCACCAGCGAUGAGCCGGUGCCGCCGGACGCCUCCACGUGGCCGGAGCCCGCCGCCUGCCUCACGUGUCCCGGCGCCGCGCCAGCCGGAGCCAGUACAGAAGCCACUAGUGACGAGCCGGAGAGCGAGAACUCGACAUCGUCUCUACCCGCGUGGCCGACGUCGACGGUGCUGCCUCACGUGGCGGACGAGAACGACUCGCUGCCCGCCGAGUGCCUCUACAACAGAAUCAUGUUUAGCAAGAACUUCUCUUACUAUGUGCAGGAGUGCCUGGGCCCGGGCCCGCCGGCGGCGUGGGUGCGCGCGCGGGACGGGUCUACCCGCGCGCUGCUGUGGGGCGGAGAGGCGCUACGGCACAAGUUCGCGCAGCUGGCACAGCCGCAGGUCAAGGUGUUUAGAGUCGAGGUGCAAACAAACCGCGAGGCCCGGGUGCGGCUUCUACUGCCACCAGGGUUCAGAGAAACGGAUGACCUGCCUCUGCCACUGGUGCUUCAAGUGUCAGCUCAGCCGGGCGGGCAGCUGGUGACGGAGCGGUGGAAGCCGGGCUGGAGCUGGUACCUGGCGGCCGCCCGGAACUUCAUCGUGGCCGAGAUCGACGCCCGGGGCUCGGGGGGACAGGGAGAAGAACUGAGGACGGAAAUCUACAAUAAACUCCUGACUGUCGAUGUGGAGGAUCAAAUUGCUGUGUUAUCCUACCUCCGCGACAACCUCAAGAUGGUGGACGGUUCGCGGGUAGGAGUAUGGGGGCGCGGCUACGGCGGCGGCGCGGCGGCCGCGCUGGCGGCCGGCGACGCGCGGAAUGUCACGAGAUGUCUGGCUGCGCUUGCGCCGCUCACUGAUCUAAGACACCAUAAUUCGUACUGGACGGAGCGCUACAGCGGCUACGGGUCUUGGGCGGGGGCGCUGGGAGUCAGCGCAGUGUGGCGCCGCGCCGGCAACCUGCCCCCGCGCCGCCUGCUGCUUGCGCACGCGACUGCGGACCUGACGGCGCCGCCGCACCACGCGCUGGCAUUGGCGAGAGCCUUGAUUAGACAGGGAGCUGUGUAUACUCACCAGAAGUUUCUGCUGCUUGCGCACGCGACUGCGGACCUGACGGCGCCGCCGCACCACGCGCUGGCGUUGGCGAGAGCCUUGAUAAGGCAGGCAGCUGUGUAUACUCAUCAGCAACCUACCCCGCGCAGGCUGUUACUUGCGCACGCGACUGCGGACCUGACGGCGCCGCCGCACCACGCUCUGGCGUUAGCGAGAGCCUUGAUAAGACAGGGAGCUGUGUAUACUCACCAGGUGUACCCAGACGAAGGGCACUCCUUCGAGCGCUCCUCGCUGCACCUGCACAAAGCCAUGGAGCAGUUCUUCGACGAGUGCUUCGGGCCGGUCGAGGUGGCCGACUGGGACGCGGCCGGCGUGGGAGGCCUGUUCCCCUUCCGCGACUAGCAGGCCUGUUCCUGUUAGAGCAUCCCUUGAAGAUCUUAAGAACUGUUGGACUCGACAAACGUUAUACAAUUGGGACUGAAAAUCUUCGACAGUCACUUGGAUCAAGGUAUGGAUUUCAUCCACGAAGACGCGCCGAAUUUUUAGUCGAGGGAAGCGCGGGGUGCGGAGAGUUUGAUCCGAGCAAUCCGAGAGUCAUUUUUGUAGUGUGCGUGUGCACUCAUGGAUAAUUUAGCGUGUACCGAUAAUGAUAAUGGUGGGGCGCGUCUUCGUGGAUGAAACGAUCUGUAGCCUCUUUCGAUCUCGUGAAAACCGUUAGACUUGACAAUUGGGACUGAAAAUCUUCCAGAUUUCACUUGGAUUAUGGCUGCCUGUCUCGUCAGAAUUGUGGCUCAGACUGCAGGCUAUCAUAGCUCCAAUGUCUACCGCUAGGAUGUCACUUUCUUGGAUACGGUUACCUCUUUUGUUAAUUGAUCAAAAAAGAAUCCAACGAAACGCUAUCCUAAACGCUAAAUCCUGUAUGCUCCUAAUUCCUACCCACUUUUACCCACACUUGAUGUGUCAUUAUGACUGAUGGGACUUAUAAAUAAAUGAGGAUAGGACAUGUCCCUACUUACUGAAAGCACGGUAAUAAUAUCAUACAGUAUUGUAACUUCAUAUAAACGGACGAAACGCGAGCUUUCCUUCGAAAUUCAAAUCUCGGUAUGCGCUCGACAUGCAAAAGUCGGGGGUGUCGCGAAUGU